UCUUUUCCGUCAGUGUACCGUCCGCCGUCGGUCGAGGAUCUCGUGUUUUUGUGAGUUGCGUUUCUCUUUUGUUUCCAUAUCAUUCCAUAUUAAAAUAAUUCCUGGUCAAAGUAUAGUGUAAAUAAUCAAGUUUUAACGAAGAACGACAAGAAAAAAGAAAAAUUGAUAUUAAAUCGACGCUUCAAUCGACAUCUUCUCGUAUAAUCCAUAAUGAUCGAUCUUUCAACAACUUCGCACGUGUUAUCUCGCCAAAGUUAACGCAACCCCUUCUAUCUUUCUUUUCUUUUGAAUUUUUGAUCGAUUAAAAGAUAAAAAAAAAUAUAGAAGAGAUACGUUGUGCUUGGGGUAGGAGGGAAAAGAUAAAAGAUAUAUAAUAGAAAAAAAGAAAAUGUUGACUUAUUCAACGGAUUUGGAUUUGAAAGAUGAUAUUAACAAUGGAAGAAGAUAUCGCUGAAAUGUUGUAAGAAUAUUGAGACUCAAGAAUGGAUUAUCGGUAUUUGGAUUAGCAAAGGGGCUCGUCGGAGCUUGUAGAAGCUCGAUUAUACCGGAGGUGGUAAUAUAAAAAGGGGUAAAAAGGGUUUGAGGAAAAUCGAUCGAUGAGGACACAUCAGAGAUACCAAAGUACGAGGGACGUAUCUCCUACUACUAUUUCUUUGGAUACCAAAGGAGGCUCGAAUUUCGCGGCUAUCAAGCGCGAGUGUCGCUCACGAGGCUCUUCAACCCCUUCCUUGACUCCUUCCUCGUGCGUUCACCAGUAACUCACCCAGACACUCUCUCUGGCCUAUCGCUUGUUUCUCGAGUGUCUGUAUACGAACCAAAAAUAGUCGCCGAAGACCUUUUCCUGUCCCCACGACAAUUCUCUUCUAUCCCUUGUGUGUCGUGUCUUGUGAAUGUAUUAUCUAUACGUACGUGCGUGUGUGCCGUCAUUGUCGCUUUACUGUUCGUCUCUUUUUCCCUCCUUCCUCUCUCUUUCUCUUUCUCUCUCUUCCUAUCGUACUCGAGCACUUUUAUUCGGGACAACGAUAAGCUCUGUGCAUGGGCCGGGAUGACCCGAAUCGAUGAAGAUAUUUUAUAUCGUCGUAUUCUGUAUUCCUCACGGUGUCGGGCCUAAAAGCGAAGAUCGUAUCGACCGGUCACCCUCUCUUUCUCUCUCUCUCUCUCUCUCUCUCUCUCUUUCUCUUUAUCUAUCUAUCUUCUUUUCCAUCUUACUCCUUCGUCUAUACAUUGAUACACACGUGUAUAUAUUCUAUCAGAUAUUAAUAUGACUCAUCAAGCUGGAAUAGCAUAAAAUUGAUCACAAGUAAGACGAGAAUUUCAUAUAAACGUGACGAUAUAUUUGAAACUUUCGUUUAACUGAAUUCCUUCCUCAAUCGAAUAAUAUGAGAAAGUGACGAAAUUGUCGAGAGGAUACGUAAGAAACUCGUUGAUGGUGAUGAUGACGACGACGACGAUGAUGAUACUUCGAGUGAAUUCAAAAUGGAUCUCGUUGAUUUCUCUGCGAUGCGUAAUCGAAUUUUUAAGGAGAGGAAUACUUUAAGAUCGUCGACAGCUAUCAAGUAGUUAAAAGACAUUAUUUAUUCGACAGAGAAGAGAUCAUAAAAGUAGAAAAAAAGUGAUCAAGGAAAAAAGAGGAAAACGAAAGAAAAGAAAAUAGGAAGGAAAGAAGAAAUCUAGGAGAUAAAAAAAUAUUGACGUUUUAGAUCGCUUAAAAAUUGGAUAUAAAGUGUGAAAGGAGAAAAGGGAAAGAGAGAAAACGUGCGCGAGCACUAGCGUAUGCUUAAGGUCAAGGGUGUGGGAGCUUUAAUUAGUAUUUAAUUAGAGACAAAAAACGGAGGUACGCGCGAAUGUGUAUGGGAGGAACGAAAGGAUCAUCAGCGACAGCCACAGCUGCCGCAUCGUGCCCGUUAAUACGUUGGUAAAUUAACCAAAAAAAAGUCAAAUACAAAAAGCUAAAGAAAAAAGAAUAAAGAAGAAAGCAAAAGGAAAAAGAUUAAAAAAAAAAGAAGGAAGAAGAUAUUGACGAUACACUUUUUUUAGAGAUAAAACUCUUGACAUAAUCGCGUCGCAGUUUAGUGAACCGAAAAAAAGCUGGCAGUUUAGAGUAACUCGAAUUCGCUUGCUUCGAAUUCAUUGGAAAUUCUUUUCGACAAAGUAAGAAAGAAGUUGCUUGCGAUGCGCAAACGAAGACGGUGACGUCAUUGAAAACUUUUCAUUCUCUUCUUUCCCUCCUACCAGUACUCUAGAUUUCAGGAAGUAAUGAUCUUAGCGAGAUCGGUAGAUCUUUGCGCGAGCAAAGAAAGAUCGGUAGAAACUGUUUGUCUUCAGGACGACGUGGUGCGCCAUGCCGUUGCCAUUUUACGGAAAAACGAGGAAUCGAAACGACGAAAGCUGACAUUGAAGUCGUUUAAGUGGAUGUCUCUUUAGUUGGAUUUACGAGGUUCCUCCUUGUGCUUUUUCUAUCCGGGAAAAGCUUAAACGCGUUUGAUUUUCGCGACGAGGAUUACGAGGAAUACAGAGAGAACAUGUGGAGUAUAGUGCUGUUCCUUGGACUAACCGAAGCUUUCUUCUACGUCUCCGGAAGCUUGGAUGAGAAAUUAGUUCCAUUGGUCAACAUCAGUGUUGUUGAAGGAAAACGAGUGGAAUUACCAUGUGAUAUUACUCCUCCAGGAGAGGACACUCUACACAUGGUUUUCUGGUUUAAAGAUGAAGCAGGAGUGCCACUCUAUACAAUUGACGCUCAAGAAAAGUCAGUGACAAAAGCGCAACAUUCCUCGGAUUCGGGAGUAUUUGGACCACGAGCUUAUUUUCGAAUUUCCUUUCCCGAACCUGGAGGUCUUGUAAUCGAAGACAUCAAAAGGCACGAUGCGGCAACUUAUAGGUGUAGAGUCGAUUUUCGAAAAGGGCAGACGCGAAGUUUCCGUUACAACCUCACCGUCAUCGUUCCACCAGAACAGCCAACCAUUUUGGAUCGUUGGGGUCGUAUUUUGAACGGGACGGCGGGGCCGUACGAAGAGGGUGACACUCCCUAUCUCACCUGUCGCGUAACAGGCGGUAAACCAGAACCUAUGGUUAGAUGGCGUAUCAAUGGAAUUAUUAAGGACGAAGAAUACGAGAACAACGCCGGAGACGUCAUCGAGAAUAGGCUUACGUUACAGCCGAUUACUCGAUCGGAGCUUGGCGCUAAUUUUACUUGUGAAGCGCACAACACGGAUUUAGUAGAAUCUAAGUUUACUACAAUCACAUUGGACCUAAAUCUGAAACCUUUGACUGUGGCCAUACGAAGACCCAAAACAAAUGAAGACGGAAACAACUCUUUGCUAGCAGGAAAACGCUAUGAGGUUGAAUGCGUGACCACUGGUUCAAGGCCACCAGCAGUAAUUACAUGGUACAAAGGCCGAAGAAGACAAUUGAAGCAUACCACGGAAGAAAGGUCCGAAAAUUGUACUGUUAGCAUGGUGGAAUUUGAACCUGGUGUCGAAGAUCACGGAAAAUCAAUAACCUGCAGGGCAGAAAAUCCAAAUGUGACCGGUCUCUUUCUUGAAAAGUCAUGGAAGAUCGACGUUGUGUAUCCACCAAUUGUCUCAUUAAAUCUCGGAUCAACCCUUAGUCCGGAGGACAUCAAGGAAGGUGACGACGUCUACUUCGAGUGUCAUAUUAGAGCCAAUCCACCUUGGUCAAAGUUAACAUGGAUACACGACAACCAGAUCCUGGCGCACAAUACAUCAGCAAGAAUCAUUUGGUCGAAUCAAAGCCUCGUCCUGCAGAGCGUCACAAGGAGCAGCGCAGGCCAUUAUAUUUGCGCAGCAACAAAUGCCCUUAAUGAAACAAGAAGCGAGCCGUUACAUUUUCGCGUUAAAUUCGCACCAGUUUGUAAGGACGACAGGAUCAUUGUGGUUGGAGCAUCGAGAGGCGAAUCUUUGGACAUUGCUUGCAAGGUCGAAGCCGAUCCACCAGCUCAUAAUUUUCGCUGGAAAUUCAACAAUAGCGGUGAAACCUUGGAGGUCUCAUCUACAAAGUUCUCGAUGGAGAAGUCGAGUGGCGUUAGCGUGUUAAAUUACACGCCAACUACCGAGCUGGAUUACGGAACGCUCUCCUGCUGGGCGGACAAUCUCGUCGGUACCCAAGCGAGACCGUGUCUCUUCCAGUUGGUAGCUGCUGGAAAACCAUUUUCUGUUCGAAAUUGCACAUUGGCCAAUCAGACGUAUACGAGCGUGGAAGUGAAUUGCGUGGCCGGAUACGAUGGUGGACUGACGCAGAAAUUUGUGUUAGAGGUCUAUCAUGGCGAUAUUGACUUCCUGUCGACCAUCCAGCCUCUCUAUAACGUUACCAAUAUCAAGGAGCCAUCCUUCGCGCUUUCGGGUCUGAAAGCGUCGGUUGAGGCUGGCGUUCACGUAGCGAUUUAUGCUGUAAAUGCCAAAGGGCGAAGCCAACCUGCAAUUCUCAGUGAAGUUACGUAUAGAGAUGCUGAAAAACGGACUGGACAAGACGCGGGAAUCGUUCUGUCGCCGGUAAUUGGAGUGAUUGUUGGCGCUUUGGUUACCAUCAGUGUAAUCAUUUCAGCGGUCGUCGUACGAGUGCGAAGGGAAUACAUCUCGAAACCGCGACACGAAAAGCCGGCCGAACUUAGUGAACUACCAGCACAACAAUAUCCAAUGCAGAAUCUCCAACAGACCGUAGAGACCGAUCCUGACGUUAUACCAAAUAAGUUUGAAGGUAUUCCCAUUGAAGUCAGUCCACCGAGUUAUCCAGCUGGGUAUCCCCCGGGACAAUGGGUAACACCCGGACCUACCCCAAGUAUAGACGAGCUUUGUCACAAAUUUAGCGGUAGACCAACGGAACUGAGGUUACCCUCGAGAAGUACGAUACCGGUGUUACAGAAUAUGCCAAUUACGGGAGUUGGAGUGAUUGUUGGUACCGGUCAAGGUGGCGUUGUAGUUGGUGGUGGGGGUAUUACCGGUAUCAACACGCAAGGUAUCGUCGUAGGUGGAGGUCAAGGAGUAGUAGUGGCUGGCGAAUGUCUCGACGGUGAAGCGAUCAAACGUCGACUCAUGGCCAAUAGGCUUCCUGAGAGCUGUGUCUAGGCCAAAAGACAACGGGGAAUGUCGCGAAAAGAGCCAACAAUGAAAUUAGAAAGAAAGAAAAAAAGAGAGAAAGGGAGAAUAAGAGAGAAAGUGAAAGAACAAAAAAUACUAUUUGUUCGUAUAUCGCUAAAACAACUGCGAUGGAAAAGAAAAAGAUACGAUCCGCCCCUAUUGUUUUCAAAAUACCUUCUCUCUAUAGCCAAAGAUAUCUCUUACAGAAAAGAAGAAAGACAUUGAAUGGAAAGGGAGUCGCAAGCUUGCUAAAACUUUCUUCCAGAGUUUCUGCGAACGUCCUCCUCUUACUAUCUUCAAAAAGACGCUGAGAACUUCCUUCCUUCCUUCUGUUUUCUCUCCUCGAUGUAACUUUUCUCCGUUUCUAUCUUUCCGCUUCUCUUUAUCUUUUACCUCCUACUCUUUGUCUAGUUCUCAUUCUCUUCCUUUCUUCUUUCAACUACCAACUUUGUGAACCGAUGAUCUUCAAUAUAGCAACGUUUUUAAUAUCUAUCCGAAGAUAAGUAAUUACACUUAACAAAUAUUCUUACGUUCAAUAAUAAUUAUUUUGAUUUAAGGAAAGAUCAUGACAAAUAUUUCCAUACGUUAUUUUUCUUAUUGCUAAAAAAAAAGCGUUCACAUAUAAUCUUUUUCUUUU